AGACUGCGGCUUACCUAGCACCUACUCCUAGCUUUGUAUUCCCUCUUUCUCUCUCAUAUUUACUUCCCACUUUUUUGAUAUUUUUCCGCCAACAUAUACUCCACAAUCCACAUACAUACAUACAAUUAUAGAGAGAGAGGGAGUGAGAGCUCAACACAAAGCAACCCACAUACAGUUUCUCGUGAUUAUCACUAAAAAGAUUCACCCCUUUUACUCCUUUUCGCCGCCCCAUUUUUUAAUUUUUCCCUCCUCUCCCUUUCCACUCGCUCACUAUCUUCAUUUUUUCUCUGCCCUUCAGCUUCAAGGUUCUUGUUUUUUAGGAAUUUUUUGUUUCACUUCAAAAAGAGUCCCAGAUUUCCGAAUUUACUUACAAAUUUUGGAAAUCAGUACAACUGACAAAGAGCUGGAGGGAACAUGAUCUUCGUUUCGAGCUCAUCUGCCUUUCAGACCAACUUUAAUUAAUGGGUUGGAAAAUCCAUGAGAUAAACCUUAAUUUAAGUUCUGGAGUUCACAUCGGCACAAUGGGUAUAUCAGGUGGUAACAGUGAAAUUGAACCUGUUGUAGAAUUAGAUUAUGAUGCAUCUCGGGAAAAGCAUUACCUGCAAAAGCCAGGACAAAAAUAUUCGAUAGAAGAUGAUAUUAACCGAUUAUUUGAAGCAAUCGGAUUCCAGGCAUCUGGUAGAGGUAUGGGCCCAUCACAAACUUUGAGGGAGAAUUUACAUAAAAAAUAUAUGAAACGACCAGUCAGAGUUAGUUCAUCUCAAGCAUUGGGAAUUGGAAUUUCAGAGCCUGCUAGUCUGAAGCAGGCACUUCGAGGAUUAUGCAUCUCUCAGGCCUCUGAAAUGGCUGCUACUAAAAGAUUGUCAAAAUUGGGAGGCUCGUCACAAAUUUCGGAGGUGGGGACUAAUAAGAAAAUGUACCGCUCUGUGGUAGUUGAGGCUGGUAAAUUUGGCAAUCCCAUAAAUGAGGUUACUGGGAAUUUGUUGGAAAUCUCCCUUUUUCCAGAAACAAGCACUUCAGAUAUAUCAGAGACGUUACCUAAAUCUCAACAGGCACUGGACGCGGAAGUAUCAGAGAAAAAUGCUACUUCUACUCGUUUGGCAGACGUGUCAUUUCAAAAAGAUAGUGUCACCAGGAUGUCAAAACAAUCAGAGACUGUUUCCCUCACUGCUGGUAUUGGUAGUAGGAUCUCAUAUCUGAGGUUAGGGCGGAGGGCAAAGAAAUCGUCACAUUCAGCAUUGGUCCCUCAUAGUGGUAAGCAGCUCCCAGUACUAGAUGAGAUCAUUCCUGACUCUGAUGAAAGUUUGAUUCAGUCAACAUGCAAAGGAAAUGAUCAGAAAAAUCAGUGCCAUAUUGCGGAUUCGUUACCUGGUUCCGAAACUAGCAAAAAGGUUUCAAAAUCUAAGAAAAUUGAUCCCAAUCUAAUCAAAUUCGCUUUGAGGAACAAGAAAUUUGUCAAAAGGAAACUGAAGCAGGAACCAGAUUCUGCAGAGACCAGUGGCACUCAUAGUCGUGGAGUUUCUGAUAAUGAUUCGGUCCCUUGUCUCGGCAAACUGAUCAGUCACACACCUGACACUGUAGAAAAGACUCCAUGCAAAGAGAAAGAGCGAGAAUCUCCAGCUUCAAGUAGUACAAACAUUAGCAGUAAAUUGAGUCUAAGUUCUGUAGACUCCAGUGCUCACAAAUUAGGUUUUAGUUCAGUAUGUAGUGAGAGACAGAAAACUAUUGUACUAAGAGCUGAUGAAAAAUCACAUUCGGGAGAUAAAGGGGAUUUUUCUCAGAGUUCAAAGAGCAGCAUCGGGGAGUAUAGCAGUUCUACAACCUUUAGUGAGGAGAGCAAUUUAAGUGGGUCUCAUGCCUGCUAUCGGCCUCACAUGUCAAAAGAUACAAAAUGGGAUGCCAUUCAGCGUGUCCUAAAUCAGCACGGAAGUUUAGGUUUGAGGCAUUUUAAGUUGCUUAGGAAACUUGGUGGUGGGGACAUUGGUAAUGUGUAUCUUGGGAAGCUUACUGGUGCAGAGUGCCUGUUCGCUGUGAAAGUGAUGGACAAUGAGUUUUUGGCUGCCAGGAAGAAAAUACCCAGGGUUCAAACAGAAAGAGAGAUACUGCAAAUGCUAGACCACCCAUUUCUCCCUACGCUUUAUGCACAAUUCAUGACAAAUAAAUUCUCCUGCUUGGUUAUGGAUUAUUGUCCAGGUGGAGAUCUUCAUGUUCUUCGGCAGAAGCAACUGAGCAAGAGUUUCUCUGAACCAGCAGUAAGAUUUUAUAUUGCUGAGGUCCUUCUCGCACUCGAGUACCUUCACAUGCUUGGAGUUGUAUACCGUGACUUAAAACCAGAAAAUGUUUUGGUCCGAGAAGACGGUCACAUCAUGCUUACUGAUUUUGACUUGUCACUCAGAUGUGCUGCUACUCCGACACUACUGAAAUCUUCUCCACCGAUUAAAUCCCCAAAAAGAGUUUCGAGUCCAUGCACAGAUUCUAGAUGCAUAGAUCCGUUUUGUCUCCAACCAGCAUGGCAAGUUCCGUGCUUCACACCCAGGCUUGAAUCAAGAACCAGGAAACUAAAAUCUGAUCUAGCUGCUCAGAGCAGCCCAAUGCCACAGCUGAUAGUGGAGCCAACAAGUGCCCGAUCAAAUUCUUUUGUGGGCACUCAUGAAUAUCUAGCCCCAGAGAUCAUAAAGGGGGAAGGUCACGGUAGUCCAGUUGACUGGUGGACACUUGGCAUUUUCUUUUAUGAGCUUUUAUAUGGCAAGACACCUUUCAAAGGUACUGGAAGCGAUGAUACAUUAUGCAAUGUAGUAUCUUCAGAGUGUGUCAAGUUUCCCGAAAGCCCGAUGAUAAGUUCACAAGCUAUAGAUUUGAUGAGACGAUUAUUGAUAAAGGACCCGAAAAGCAGGUUAGGUUCCGUGAAAGGGGCAGCAGAAAUCAAGCAGCACGCCUUCUUCCACGGCUUGAACUGGGCUCUGAUUCGGUGUGCAGUACCACCUGAACUUCCAAAAUUUUGCGACAUAAGGAGUGCCACUUUGGAUAUAUGUUUGCAUAAUAAAGAUGAUGUUGACACUGGAGAACAUUUUGAGUUUGAGAUGUUCAGGCAAAACUUCUGAUUUUGUAAGAAUAUAAACAUACGGCUCUUCGUGAUCAGACAUCAAUGUUGUAUAAUAAUAUAUGUAUAGAUCAUAGUGUACAAUAUUUAUAGGCAGAUGCAAGUUACUAAAAAUGUCUAAUACCAAGUUUACUACUUGCUACAUUACACUUUUCUGGCAACAUUGUUUAAAUGAUAUUUGAUUCUA